AAGAGAAAACCCUCAGGAAUGGGAAAAGAAAACCACACAGAUGUAUCACAAUUCCUCCUACUGGGCCUCUCAGGUGAUCCUAAAUUUCAGCCUAUUCUCUUUGGCAUCUUUUUGUUUAUGUAUCUGGUCACAGUGCUUGGGAACCUGCUCAUCAUUCUGGCUGUCAGCUCUGACUCCCACCUCUACACUCCCAUGUAUUUCUUCCUUACCAACCUAUCCUUUGUUGACAUCUGUUUUACCUCUACCACUAUCCCAAAGAUGCUGGUGAACAUCCAAACAAAGAACAGAAAUAUCAGCUACAUACAGUGCCUCACUCAAGUAUAUUUUUUUAUGGUUUUUGCAGGAAUGGAUAAUUUCCCACUGACUGUAAUGGCCUUUGACCGAUUUGUGGCCAUCUGUCACCCCUUAAACUACACAGUCAUCAUGAACCCUCAGUUCUGUGGCUUCCUUGUUCUGAUGUGCUGGAUCAUCAUUUUACCAGUUUCCAUGCUUCAUAGCCUAUUAAUGAAACAACUGACCUUUUCCAUGGGCACAGAAAUUCCACAUUUCUUCUGUGAAUUAGCUCAGGUUCUUAGGGUAGCAAGCUCUGAUACUCUCAUUAAUAAUAUCUUGUUGUAUAUAGCUACUGCCUUAUUCUGCGUGUUUCCUGUCACUGGCAUCAUCUUCUCUUAUUCUCACAUUGUCUCUGCUUUAUUGAAGAUGUCUUCUGCAAUAAGCAAGUCUAAAGCCUUUUCAGCCUGUGGGUCUCACCUCUGUGUGGUGUGCUUAUUUUAUGGAACAGCACUUGGGGUUUACCUCAGUUCUGCUGGGACCCAUUCUUCUCAAGGAAGCACUGUAGCCUCAGUAAUGUACACUGUGGUCACCCCCAUGCUCAACCCCUUCAUCUACAGCCUGAGGAACAAAGAUGUGAUGGGGGCUCUGGUAAGACUCCUUAGAGCAGGUUCUUGUCCCUAA